GGUCGGUGUGUACAGCUGCUGUAAAUCGGGUGUGAGAGGACGUGAAGUGAGAAGUCGGCUGGAGUAACGUGGAGAAGGCUCAAAACGCGCUGCUACAGGGGGUGUCCCGGCCGCUGUAGUCCCGAAAACAGGUGGUGAGAAUCCGAAAUACGGUUCGUGCAGCCUCUCGAACGGCGGAGGGCUUCUCCUGGUCCCUCCCUGCCUGGAGAAAUGUGGCUGAACCCGGAGGAAGUUCUGCUGAAAAACGCUCUCAAGCUCUGGGUGACAGAAAGGAGCAACGACUUCUUCCUGCUGCAGAGACGGCGAGGACACGGAGAGUCCACUGGGAAGAUUACAGGUCUCCUUGUGGGGGCCCUAGACACUGUGCUAGACUCUAAUGCCAGAGUCACACCUUUCCGCAUCCUCCUUCAGAUUCCUGGCUCACAGAUCAGCUGGAUCAUCGCUAGUGGGGCAGCAGUAGAGGAAGUGAACCGACACUGGGACUGGCUGUCUCACAACCUGCUUCACUCUCUGUCCGUCUUUGAGAAUAAGGAGGAUGUCGCCAGUUUUGUCAAAGGGAAAGUUAAAGGUCUCAUCGCUGAGGAAGUUCGAGGUCGACAGGCUGCUCAGGAGGAGGACCCGGAGAAGUUCCGUGAAGCUCUGCUCAAGUUUGAGCUUCACUUCGGUCUCCCUUCGACAGAGAAGCUGGUGACGUUUUACUCCUGCUGCUGCUGGAAGGGAAGAGUGCCUCGCCAGGGCUUCCUCUACCUGAGCAUCAAUCACAUGGCUUUCUACUCCUUCCUGCUGGGCAAGGAAGUCAAGUUCGUCAUCCCCUGGGCUGAGGUGACACGGUUGGAGCGGGUCCCCACCGGAAUCAUGACCGAGGCCAUCAGGGUCAGCACACGGCAGCGGCAGAGGGAGUUCUCCAUGUUCCUCAACUUGGAUGAGGCCUUUGGGGUUAUAGGUCAGCUGGCUGACAUUGCUCUCAGGCGGUUGCUGGACAGCGAAGGCCUGGAGCUGGACAGAGUUCUGCAGCAGCCCACACGCAUCACCAAGAGGAUCCUGGAAGAACAGGCUCUGAGAGAAUAUGUUCUGGCUCUCUUUCGUCUUCCUCGUGGUGAAUAUCUCCACGAGGUGGCCUCGUGCUCAGUGUGGACGCCACACGCUCGCUGUCACACUGCAGGAACUUUGUACACCACUGACCGGUACCUGUGUUUCUGCAGUCGGGAGGAGGGCCACUGUGUUUUGCUCAUCCCGCUGACUGAGAUUCUGUCCAUAGAGAAGGCGGAGAGCACCAGCGCUCUUCCAAAUCCCGUCAUUGUCAGCCUUCGCACCAAAAAGGCCUUCCAGCUGAUCGAGCUGCAGGACAGAGAUGAUCUGGUGGAGACGCUCAACUCCAGACUGAGAUCGCUGCAGUGGAAACAGUCUAUGUUCCGUAGCCACCGGCAGAACAAAACUGUGAGCUCACCAACAUACUACACCUUUUACUAUGAUGCCGGCUGCUCAGAUGAAGAUGAGAUGGAAGAGCAGGUCCUGCGAAACACCGUCAACAGUGAAGCUCUGAUGACGGCGUUCAGUUUAAGCCAGCCAGAUCCUGAUGGGAACAAGAACAUGGAGACGGUGAAGGAGAGGCUGUGGGAAGACCACUUCUCUGAUUUUGGUCGUGGUGUUCACAUGUUCCGCACAGAGAAGAUCCAGAGGUUGGUUGCCCUCGGGAUUCCCGACUCACUUCGAGGCGAGCUGUGGAUGACAUUUUCAGACUCCACAUCUGAGUUGGACUCCCACCAGGGCUACUACUCCUCUCUGGUCCAGAAGUCCAUGGGUCAGAGUAACCUGGCCACUGAGGAGAUCGAGCGUGACCUCCACCGAUCCCUGCCUGACCAUCCAGCCUUCCAGAACCCCACUGGCAUCGCAGCCCUCAGACGCGUCCUGACUGCUUAUGCUCACCGUAACCCCAAAAUUGGCUACUGUCAGUCUAUGAACAUUCUGGCGUCGGUGCUGCUUCUCUACGCCAGAGAGGAAGAAGCUUUCUGGCUGCUAGUGGCGGUUUGUGAGAGGAUGCUGCCAGACUACUUCAACCGCCGGGUCAUCGGUGCUCAGGUGGAUCAGUCUGUGUUUGAGCAGCUAAUCAGAGAGCAUCUUCCAGAGCUCGCUGACCACUUCCCGGACCUGGCCACCCUCUCCUCCGUCUCCCUGUCCUGGUUCCUCACCCUCUUCCUCAGCGUCCUUCCCUUUCACAGCGCCGUCCGUGUGGUUGACUGCUUCUUUUUCAACGGAAUCAAGUCCAUCUUCCAGCUGGGUCUGGCUGUGCUGGAGUCCAACGCUUCUCGGCUGCUGACCUGCACCGACGAUGGUCAGGCACUGAUGAUCCUCAACGGUUUUCUGGAGCAGGUUGCAAGUGCAGAGCUGUCUCCUGCGACUGACGGCGAGUCCUGCAGCCCGAACCUUGCUGCCCCGGGACACGUGAACAUCAGCGACCUCAUCAACGAGUCCCAUGAAAAAUUUGGGGACCUGACGGUGCGGCAGAUUGAGAGGCUUCGCUGUAGACACCGAAUUCUGGUCCUGCAGGCUCACGAAGACACCAUCAAGGAAAACGCUCUGAGGGUGGUGACUCCAGAGGUUUCCAUCUCUCCUGAGAUCUUGGCAGAUGUCUACGACCUCUUCAAGACGGAGCACCUGAUCAGCCUGUACUGGGGCGAUGCCAGCGCGGCUGCGGCUGCUGAGGCGGCGGCGUGGAGACGAGGAGGCACCUACUUGGAGCGACAGUACCGACUGGACCGACCUCAGUUCAAGAGCCUGUACGGGCUGCUGGUCCCUUGGCCCGGAGGCUCAAACCAGCACGCCGACACGCUCGCUAACCGCACCUUCACUCUGCUGGACCAGGACCAGGACAACCUGGUCACCUUCAGGGAGUUCGCUGGUUGGCUGGACACGAUGUAUUGUGGAGAGCUGAGUGAGAAGAUUCGGCUGCUGUACCGUCUGCACAUCCCUCCAGCUCUGACGGAGAACGAUGACGACCCCUCACUCAUGAAGAGCCCCCUGGUGUCCACCAGCAGACCUCUCUAUGUCUCUCUGCCCUCAGGUGAUGGAGAGAAGGUGAAGGGCUACCAGGAGCAGCUGAAGCAGAUGCUGCAAGAUCUGGCCAGAGAGAAGGAGAAGGAAGUGGAGAAGCCUCUUCAGCUCAUGAACCAGCGAGAGUUCAUCCAGUUCUGUAAGACGCUCUACAGCUUGUUCCAUGGUGACCCGGAGGAGAAUGACCUCUUCCAGGCCAUCGCCACGGUGACCAGCCUGGUCCUGCAGAUCGGAGAGGCCAGCCACCGGGCCCAGUGUGCGGAGUCACAGGUGACGGGUCCAGAUGGAGCAGACGCGGCACAAAGCCAAGUGGCUGCAGAGAGCGAGUGGACCAUCAGCUACGCUCAGAUCCUGGCAUCGCUGCUGACUGAACAGGCGCUGGUGGUCUUCUUCGAGCAGCCCGGGGAGUUGCCGUCCAAGAUGGCUGCCGCCAGAGAGAAGCAGUAUCACCAGAGAGCGUGCCUGCUGUCGCUGCAGCAGACAGGCCGAUGACAGGACCAAGACUGACCAGGAACUAUGUUUAGUGUGGAACCAGCCGUCCUGCUCCAAACCAACAUGGUGACUAAACCUCUUCAGGAGCUGUAGAAUCCUGAAUGUUUCUCAUUCAUUUUGAGCCAAUUUUAAUGCCAAAUAAGCAAAGUUGUAUUUCAAAAAAACUGAGCCACCAGGAGACUGGACCAACAAUCUGGUGCUGUGGAGGUCAGAAGAAGGCUUCUUCUUUUGCUCAUCAGUGUUGUGUUGGAACUUUAUUUAGAAUUGCGUCUGACAAUCAGAGUGAAUCGACUUGAAGCUUCAUGAUUCUGGCUGAGGGAUGAAGCUUCUACUGUCUGCUGACAACUCAGUUUCAUCCCCGUUUCUAGGAACUUUCUGCAAAGUUUUUGUUCGUAUUUUAAAGGCACUUUAAUAUUUUAUUACACAAUGGAAAACUCACUGAAAAAAAACAAUGUUGAAAUUGUCUAAAAAAAAAUA